AUGCAUUGCACCUUCUCCAAAAAAAAAAAAAACUACCUUCAGUUUCUUCCUCGUAUUCAUCAUUCAUGUACCCCAUGUUCAUCUCCACCCUCAUUGUGGAGCCUCAACAAUGGAAGAAGAAAACAAAGGAAUCAUAGUGAAGCUUCCUUUUGUGUCAUCCCUUUCAAUAUUUCUUCACCUUUUUUCCUUUUCACCCCUGCCAAAUGUGACUCUUCUUUCUCACCUAAUGUUAACUAUCUCAUUGAUUGUGGCUCCUCCCACCCCACUCUGCUCAAAGAUGGUAGAACCUUCAAAUCUGAUCGUGAAACCACUUCUCUCCUAUCUACAACUGAAGAUUUACAAAUAUCACUCGACUCAUAUCUCUCCCCUUCUGUUCCUUCUUCAUCAUCACUUCCUUUGCAUCAAACCGCAAGAGUUUUUCAAGAGGAAUCCACGUACUCCUUUUACAUCUACAAAAGUGGGAGACUUUGGGUUCGUCUUUACUUCUUCCCUCUCCCUGACCCUUCCUAUAACCUAACAAGUGCGGUUUUCUCUGUCCAAACCAAUCAGCACGUGCUCUUGCAUGAGUUCUCUGUGAGGAACAAUGACACAUCUGUUUUCAAGGAAUACCUUGUUAAUGUUUCUGAUAGUAGAUUCUCUCUUAAAUUCAAGCCUAAGAAAAACUCAUUUGCGUUCAUCAAUGCCAUUGAGGUUGUCUCAGCCCCUGACACUCUAAUAUCAGAUUCAGCAACUGCACUUUCCCCACAUGGAGAAUUCAAAGGGUGGGACCAGCCAAUCUACAACAAGGCAUGGACCGAUGCAAUUGUGAAUAGAAUUGAGGUGAUGAAGAUGAGCAACGAUGCAGACAGCUUGGAUGGUUUUUUCUCUGUUGAUGGGAAAUACGAAGGGGCCAAGUUCAGCAACCAAGGAGCUACCAUAGCCACUGCUUUUUUUCUCUUUUGGGGUAGUCCUAAUUGA